AUGGCAGCUCAAGCAUCGGCCCAGCAAACCCGUCGUCCGAGAAAGAGGAGAAGAAGGGCUGCGAGCUACUCGACCUCCUCGAGCGAGGACUCCGACUCCUCCGAUGAGAGCGGCGACGAGGCUCCCCCGGAGAAGAUGGACGUGGACGGCGCGAGCGACAGUGGGUCGAGCAGCAGUUCGACAUCGUCUGACUCUUCGACUUCAUCCGACAGCUCAGAUUCAGAAUCGGAUGCCAAGCCUAGCACUUCAGUCAAGGGCAAGGCGAAGGCGCACCCGGAGUCCGACUCCGACGACAGCGAUUCCGACUCGAGCGACUCGAGUGACGACAGUGACGAUGAGAGUGACCGGGCGGUGAAGGCGUCCAAGCCGAAACGAACGGUACAGCGUCAGCCCACGCUUUCUCCCAGCCCGGAGCCGGAAAUUCCUCCAUUCCUCCCCGCUACAGCUGAGGAGGAGAGCGAGCGCCGGGCCGCGUUCAGGAGGGUGUACAUGGACCGCCUCGUUGAGGGCUUCGGGGGUGACAUGGAGGACCUGAGGAAGGUGAGUGGGACCGCCCAUAUGAUCGAGGAUUGUUUGCGGGCUCGCACCGCCCGAUUGGCUUGGCUUCGGGCGUAA